AUGUCCGCCGACGCCGCUCCGAUCACCUUCACGCGCUUUUCCAAGGCGCUUGAAGACCUCUCUGUCGAAUCGCUCUACGCCAAAUACUCCGAGCUUACCAACCAACUCACCCAUCUUGAGUCCAGCAACAAGCAGCUCGAGGAGUUUGCGCGCGAGAAUGAUGACCGCGACUGCUACGAGGCACUUAUGGAGAACAAGCAGGUUAUAAAGAGGUUCGAGGAGAGGAGGGAGGCAAUCAAGAACGAGGUCAAGGACGUGAGGGGUCUACCGUGGAGACCGAGGGAAGAGGAGAAGGUUGAUGGUGCUGCGGUGAACGGUCAUGCGACUACGGCGACAAAUGGUACGGCAGCGGAAGAGCAAAGGAAUGGUGAUGCGUCGGCGCCAGAGGCAGACGAUGGCGUAUAUCUUUGA